AUAGUAGAGGAAGUUUAUGAUUUAAUUAUGAUUAAAAUUAUGCUGUGGUAAUAUAAUUAUUGCGUGCAGAUCAUUUGUACAUUAAAAGAUGAAGUCAAGUAUCAGGCAGAGGAGCGGCGUUUCUGCAGCCAGUAAUGGCAAACACAGGAGGAAGGUCUCCUGGAACCCCGACAUACCUAUAAACCAGCAGGCUGCAUCUGUGACCAGCUUGGAAGACCCUCUACUCUCUGGACCACUUGUAUUCCUCUAUGUGCUGCUGCUCUCACUGCUGUGUGCUGGAUCACUGUAUUUGUACACAUAUCUUCCCAACCCAAUUGCUAAGGGACAGCCAAACGAUUUUCUAGCUGCAAAUUCUCGUGCUCACAUGGAAGACAUUGUUCGACUAGGUAUACGCCACGUAGGCAGCGAAGCCAAUGAAGUGCACACGAAAGCUCUUCUCCUCAAGAAAAUCGACGAGCUCAAAACAACGGCAAGCGAUAAAGUAAAAAUUGAAGUCUCUGUGCAAGAAGUCUCCGGAAGUUUCUACAUUGACUUCCUCGGUGGGAUGACACACAUCUAUCAGAACAUCUCAAACAUUGCCGUUCGUUUAUCGAGGAAGUCAUCAAAAGAACCGGAACAUUCGUUUCUCAUCAACUCGCAUUAUGAUUCUGCUCUGGGAACUGUGGGUGCCAGUGAUGAUGCUGUCAGUUGUGGUACAAUGCUUGAAGUCAUACGCUGUCUGUCCACCGAACCACAUCCUCUGUCUGGUGACAACUCUCUUAUAUUUCUAUUUAAUGGAGCAGAAGAAGUAAUUUUAGUGGCCUCUCAUGGAUUUAUCACGCAACAUCCCUGGGCUAAACAGAUUCGUGCAUUUCUGAACCUUGAUGCUGCCGGAGCUGGGGGGAAAGAGAUAGUGUUUCAGACUGGUCCAAAUCACCCCUGGCUAGCAAGACUGUAUGCUAGGGUGGUCCCACAUCCUCAUGCAUCUGUUGUAGCACAGGAAGUGUUUCAGUCUGGUGUCAUACCGUCUGAUACUGAUUUCAGGAUAUUUCGUGACUAUGGACAUGUGCCUGGUAUUGAUACAGCUUACUUCAUCAAUGGAUACGUCUACCACACAGAGUAUGAUGUUCCCUCGGCCAUACCGGACGGCUCCAUACAGAGGGCAGGUGAGAAUGUGAUAGCAAUCCUCAGAGAAGUAGCCACCUCCGAACAACUGGCCAAUCCCAGCGAGGAGGACACUAACGGGAAGGUUGUUUUCUUUGAUAUUAUGGGACUCAUGACUGUCGUGUAUCCGUACCGCAUGGGACGGGUCCUCAAUAUCACCAUGGUAAUAAUCAUACUUCUGUCCGUGUGGCUAGGAACUGGAUCAAAUGGAGACAAAGUUAAACCUUCGCUUUGGUUUGUUGUCAAGACUAUGAUCGUCAUGGUGAUCUCCUGGCUGGCCGCUAUUGUCAUGGCGAUAAUGAUUGCCCUGUUUCUAAGCAAGCUAGGGCGUGGUAUGUCGUGGUUUGCCUACCCGCUAGUCACAUUGCCCCUGUAUGGAGUGUCUGCUGUCCUGGCUAUAGGAGAGACUAACGUGCAGUGGAUGAAGUGGAACCGCGGUAUGCCUCGUGUUGCCAUGGAGAAGGCAUCAUUCCUAGCGGCACAACUCCUCACCUCAUUCCUCCUCCUCUCAAUGACAGCCCUCGGACUUUGCUCUGCCCUCCUGCCGCUUAUACUGCUAAUCAUCCCCUUUAUAUUCAGAACCUUUCUUCUCGAGACUCUCAUAGUCUCAGAGCUCACAAAAGGUCGCGACCUUUCCUUGUACGGACUUGCGUACACUCUGUGUUGUUUGCUCAGUACUGGUCUGCCUUUAAUGCUGACAGUGCAACUUGACAUGGCAGUAAUGUCGAUGUUUAUACCUCUCACGGGGCGAAUGGGAUCAGAGGUACCUCCGGACCUCGUGAUAGGUGUGGCCACUGCAGUACUGGCCUGUCUGCACUCUCCACACACUCUGUGUGUGGUGAUAUUUGCAUCCAGUGCCAGUCUCAAGAGGUGGUCUGGAGUAGUCUUGUUGGCCAUAUUCAGCCUGUUCCUCUUCCUGGCUGCAACAGGCUACAUACCUCCCUAUUCUCUGUCUGACCCCAGCCACCCUAGACCAAAGAGACUCUACCUACAGCACACGGAUAAGACACUGUACAAUCUCGACGGCUCAGUAAACGCAACAAAUUCAUUUGUCCUCAUCUACCCGUUUGACUACCUCGGCUUGACACCUGUGAUUGAAGUGACUCCAAUGUUCAGGGAGGCCACCCUCUAUCCAUGUGAGGGCAUCUACUGCUCUGAACCCAUCUAUAUACCCGUCAAGCACAUGGCAAAGGAGGCGUACCAGCUUCCUGGCCCUCCCCUAGAUCAUCUGGUGAUGGGGAAGCUGAGCGUGGUUAGUGUUAGUAGUCAUGGGGAUAGGAGAAACACUACCUUCAGUGCAAAAUUCCCCCUCAGAGGCACCAUGUACAUGGCUCCUGUUAAAGGUCGUAUAAUGACAUCAUGGUCCCUGGAGGCAUUUGUGCCCCCCACCACCACAUGCCCUGGCAGCUAUGAGAAGGAAGGAUGCUACUUCAUUUUCCUGUCCCGAGGUUUUGGAGAGGGAGAGUUCACAUUCUGGAUUGAAACAGAAGGCGACCCCGCCAUGACGGAAACCAUAGAGAUAGCGUAUACGUCCCAGAACCUCGACCCUCCCCUCUCACAUACCCCUCGUCUACACAAGCUCCAGUCCUCUCUGCCAGAGUGGGUCACUUGCAUUUUAUGGACAUCCAAAUACUUGCGUUGGAUAUUUUAAAUUGAAUUGAAUUGAUUUUUAGGCCAAUAUUAUUUUUAGGCACAACUGAUUUAAGUUUUGUUUGAUUUAAUGAUUUAUUUUUCUGAUUAUUUGUCUGAUUACGAUGAUGAAUUGAAUACGACCCGA